AUUUAGAGAUCAAAACGUGUAAGAAAAUAAUUCUUACCAAAUUAUAUUAUAAUUUAUUUAAAUAAACUAACCCAUCCACACAAGAAAUAGAUAUUAUAUUAACAUAAUCAUGAAUCCAAUAAUUAGAAAGAUUAACGUAACACUAAUAUUCAACGGCUUUCAUUUUCUUCAAUUAUCCAACCUUGUUAUAUAUACAAUCUUAAGUCAUAACAUCCUUAUAUUUCCUCAUACUCGCAUAAUAAUAAUUAAAAAGAAAAAUGUCGACCUCGUUGGAGACAGGGAAGGGAUCAGUGGCUGCAGCUCAAGUUGAAGUUGCAGCCCCUCAACUCGUCAGAACCGACAGUAAGUGCGGUCGGAUCGACGGAUUUUUGAGGGUGUUGUUGCUCGCAACGUGCAUAGUAUCAGUGGUUGUUAUGGUGACUAGCAAACAGACCAAAAUUAUUUUGACCCCUCUUGGUCCAAAUCCUGCUUCUGCCAAGUUCCAGCAUUCUCCUGCCUUUAUAUACUUUGUGACAGCACUUUCAGUAGCAGGUCUAUACAGCAUUAUCACGGGACUUGCGUCCUUAUCCUUACCAAGAAAAGUCAAGUUGGUGUUCAUUUUGAUAGUUCUUGAUGCGGUAAUGGUGGGGAUAAUAGCAGCAGCAACAGGUUCAGCAGGUGGAGUUGGAUACAUUGGUCUAAAAGGAAACAAGCAUGUACGUUGGACUAAAAUUUGCAACGUUUAUGACAAAUUUUGCAAACAUAUUGGAAGUUCCAUUUUUGUGUCGCUUCUUUCCGCCAUUUUGCUCAUACUUCUCGUCGUUCUGAACGCUUUUUCUCUUUAUCGACGCAUUCCCAACUGAUUCUGACGCUUACGCUUUUAUUUCUUGUUUCUGCUGUGAGCUGUGUAAAUUGUAAUUGUGUUGUAUGCUUCUUUUUUUAUCAUAUUAUAUUAUUCUUGUGUUUUUUUCCUUGUAAAUGUUUAUGUAGCCCUUGCAAUUUGUGAUAAUUGAAUAUAAUAUUUCUAUGUGUUUUGGAUCGACCA